GGGCAGCGAGGCGGCCGGGGGACGCGCCGGGCACGGCGCGGUGGGGCCGGGGCCGGGAUGCUGCGCCCGCUCCCCUGCAGGCGGCUGGCCCAGGCUGCGCGCUGAGCGCCCCGCUCCCGCCGGCCCCUGCCCAGCCGGAGGCAUGUCCAGGAAAAAGAGCCUCAAGAGCAAGGGGAGCAGCAGCGGCUCCCCGCCCUCCUCCGCGCUGCCCCCCGCCAAGGAGAGCGGCCAAGCCGGCGGCGCGGCGGCCAGAGCCAAGGGGGGCAGCAGCCGCCCCAACCCGGCGCUGCCCCUCAACGGGGCGGUGCUGCCCAGCCGGCCCUCCCUGAGCAGCAGCGGGGAGUUCUACGACGUGGCCUUCAAGGUGAUGUUGGUUGGUGACUCUGGGGUUGGCAAAACCUGCCUUCUGGUGCGGUUUAAAGAUGGCGCUUUCCUGGCCGGCAGCUUCAUUUCGACAGUUGGAAUUGACUUCAGGAAUAAAGUCUUAAAUGUGGAUGCAGUGAAGGUAAAGCUGCAGAUCUGGGACACCGCGGGGCAGGAGAGGUUCCGCAGCGUCACUCACGCCUAUUACCGAGAUGCCCAUGCUUUGUUACUGCUGUAUGAUGUUACAAAUAGAGCAUCGUUUGACAACAUCCAAGCGUGGCUGACCGAGAUCCAUGAAUACGCACAGCAAGAUGUGGUCCUCAUGCUCCUGGGAAAUAAGGUGGAUUCGACCCAGGACAGAGUGGUAAAAAGGGAAGACGGAGAGAAAUUAGCCAAGGAGUACGGAGUGCCCUUUAUGGAGACCAGCGCAAAAAGCGGCUUGAAUGUCGACUUGGCCUUUACGGCCAUUGCAAAGGAGCUGAAACACAGGUCCAUGAAGCUGCCCAAUGAGCCCAAAUUCAAGCUUCAUGACUACGUGAAGAAGGAAGUCAGAAGCUCAGGAUGCUGCAGAUUCUAAAGCGCAGGCUCCAGCAGCCAGGGCAGCUGUAUAGAGACUCAAGCCAAGUGUUCAUGUGCCACACUCCCUCCUCGUGGACAGUAUGUGCAUGUGUGUUCAUUGUCUGUGUAUUCUCAUAAAGAUGAACUGAGAUGUGGAGUGAAAGGAGCAGAAGAAAAGGCUCUUUCCUGGCAGCCCCGACGCUGGCUCUGGUGUAGCCACUUCAUUCCAGGCACUGCGGCCCAAUGCCCCAUUGUAGUAGUAUUCGUUAAUUACAUGCUGUGAUCGCUUCAGAUGGGGUGUAAAACUUCCAAGUUCCUCCCAGGGGGACAAAAAUGUCUGUUCCACAUCAGUCACUGGGGACCUGUCCAUUCCUGUGAGCUAACAGUUGCUAAUCCUGACAUGGGUUUGAUGCAGUCUUUCUCUAACAUGUCCAAAGAGGAGUUUGGUAUUGGUCCACACACCCAUCUAGACAUCAAGAACUCCUGUUAUCAUGGUGACUCUUGAUCCUUACUCCCUCUGUGGCCUUGGGCAAGUCAUUUGACCGCCUUGUGCCUCGGUUUCCCCACCUGUAAAAUGGGCAUGACAAUACUUACCCAGCAAUAGAGGGCACUGUGAGGAUUAAUGUUCAAAAGGCUCUAUAGAAGUGCUCAGUAUUAUUAUAUGACUGAGGGAAACUUUCCCCCACUCAUAACUCUGUUUCUAGGCUACCCCGCUCUAUUCCAUUUUUCUUUUCCUACUCGGGAUUCAAUUAUGAAAACAUUUUGGCCCAGGGUACAUUUUGUGUGUAUUAUAGAUCUAUAUACAUGCCCAAGAAAGAUCUCGUUUUCAAGGCAAACAUUUUUGUAGUCUCUCCCUUGUUACAUACGUCAAUUUUACCAUGUUGUGAAACAUAUAUUCCUUGCUAGAGGCUUCGCCUGCUCUGCCCUGCAAAAGACAAGAGCUUAGCUGUCUUGUUUUGAGUAAGCUCCUGCAAACGUACCUGUUGUACAGAGAAACCCUGAUUGUUUACAUGUUUGAUAAAGGCUUUUGCUCUCCAUUAUUGCUGUUUCUACUAUUCUGAGUAAGUAAAAACCCGCACUGUAUUGCAGCUUAUUCUAACUAUCUUAAUGUGGGUGAUAGUGUUUUCAGACUGCAAUGCUGCUUUGAUUUCUUUAAAACUCUUUUGGGAUAGAACUUGCUUUCAGCUAAAGAAAACCAAGGAGAAUGCUAUAGGUUUUAACUGUACAGGUUUGUUAAAAGCCCUUUGCCAGCACUGUUCAUUGGAAUCCCCCGCCCCUUUGUCUUUUAGCACUUAUUUUUGUAAUGUACUUCUAAAUGCAAUGUUUGGGAGAGUUCAGAGACAUUGUUGCCAAAAGGGGAUUUUUAACUGCAGAUAGUUGCAAAUUUCAUAUUUAUGACUAUCAGGGUUAAUUGCACUGAAUUUCCCAAUACCACUUUAAUUGUGAAAUAAAUAGUUUUUUAAUCAGCAAAUCAAACCCCCACCAGUUGCAAACCAGUUGGGGAUCACUUAGCUCAUUAAAAUCAAGCCCCUUGUUCUGUUCAGCUGACCCAAGUUAAGUUGGGAUGCUACAUUCAAUCCCCACCUAAACCUUGCUCCUGCCAAUGGGAGCUUGGAGUUUGAAAGGAACACAGGAUCCAGGCACAGCCACUGAAGCAAUGGUCUCAGGCUGCAGAGAAAGUCACUUUUCCACAAUGAACUACUUUAAUGGUGAGCGUUGUAUAAAGAAUUGCAGAUACUCUGAGGUCAGUCUGAUGCAUUUUUAGUAGCCACGUAAGGGCAAGGAAGAGUCGUAAAAAGAAAAGCUGCAACCCAGGCCUUGUCAAAACAUGGCAAUUAUUUUCCCCUGGAAAUUUUUCCUUAAAUUUCUCAUUCAUUUUCAGAUUUUUGCUUAACCUGUAAACAUUAUUUUCAUAAACCAAAAACCAUUUUUUUCUUCAAAACAAAAUUUACCAAAAAAGUUUUGAUAAUCUUUGGACAGCUAUCCAGCACUGCAGCAGGUAACAUGUGAACCUUGGCCUGAAGAGGGAGAUGCUGAUAAAUCCCAACUCUCCGCUAUAAAUAACUGACCCCACCAGGCAUGCUAUUGGAUAGGACUCAGUAUGCUGCUCUGCAAGUGUUUGCAGAUAACGAAAUGCAUCAUGCAGAUUGUCUCCAUGCAGCUAGUGUGCCAUGUAGCAGGGCCCAGUGAAGUGCAACUACUGCACUGGAUUCAGCAAACUUGUCUGAUAGAUCACAGAAGCCACAGGCAGGGAACACUUUUUUUUUUUUAAAAAAGAUAGCAAGUGGACAGCAUGUUUUAAGUGGCAUUUGUUCAGCAGUGCAAAGAUAGUUUAAGAUCUCUUGCCUAUUCUCCAGAGAAACUAUUUUGUGUGAGUAAAUACAGCACAUACAUUGUUUCCUCACAAGAAGCUACCUUUUAAUCAUAAGCUACUUGCUCUGUGUAAAGGUAGCCAUGUGUUGCAAUAACCAAGAGUCUCGCAUUAGACCACAGAACUAUCCACCUUAAAAUCACCCAAUUUUGGAUAUUUUCACUUUUUUCAAGCUUAGCAGCAGCAAAGGCAGAACAAGAGUUGGAGAGAAGUCUGGACAAGGGCAUUAGUGUGCAGGUGAGCUUUGCUAACAUCAGCAGCUGUCCUGCCUGCCCAGCUGGCAAAUAGGUUUUUUCUUAGCCAGCCUCAUUCCCUCUUAUUAGAAUGGUUUCAGAGUAGCAGCUGUGUUAAUCUGUAUUCACAAAAAGAAAAGGAGGACUUGUGGCACCUUAGAGACUAACAGAUUUAUUUGAGCAUGAGCUACAGCUCAUUUCAUCGGAUGCAUUGGGUGCACCAAAUGCAUCUGAUGAAGUGAGCUGUAGCUCACGAAAGCUUAUGCUCAAAUAAAUUUGUUAGUCUCUAAGGUGCCACAAGUCCUCCUUCUCUUAUUAGGCUGCACAUUACCUCUUUGGCUGAAAAUAUUAAUGGAGAAAAGUGGCAUUCCUAUUAUUGACUCUGCUGCUACUGACUGUGCACCAAUAUUCUGAGUCACUACAGUGUUUGCAGAACUCCUAGGCAGAGGUAGGUUUCAGAGUAGCAGCCAUGUUAGUCUAUAUCCACAGAAAGAAAAGGAGGACUUGUGCUCAAAUAAAUUUUAGUCUAAGGUGCCACAAGCUGAAGCUCAUGAAAGCUUAUGCUCAAAUAAAUUUGAUAGUCUAAGGUGCCACAAGUCCUCCUUUUCUUUUUAGGCAGAGGUAGUUGUCUAGAGCUAGGAGAGGACCUAGCAGAAAUAUACAUGGGGACAUUAGAGCAUCACUACUGUUCAUUUGGGCAAUGACAGUCUGGAUCUGGCCUCUGGAGCACACACUUCUCCUUUUGAUCUGCAAAGCAAAGUCCUUCAAGGACUUCAUGGAGCUUUCUGCUCCUCUCCUUGGGUCUGGUGCCUCUAUGUGGCACCUAAAGGAAGUACUUCCCCCUGCCUGCCACUGACCCGGAAGUUGUCAGAACCCAGCACUAGUGAACUUAGGCCAUUCCUUCAGUACCUAAUGUAGUGAAAUCACCCAUAAACUGAAAAUUGAUAGAUUCUGCUUUUAAAACUAGUUUUCAGUGGUCUAACAGCACCUGAACUUUCUCAGUACGGAGAAGCAUAUGGUGAGCCCCCACUGCAAGACACCAGCCUCAUUCACUGUAUGGAGAUGCCAAACAAACAGUGACCGCUAAUUGCAAAAUCCUUCUGGAAAACUCACCAGUAUACUUAAUCCUAAAGUUCUGGUAGAUUGUUGCCAUUCUUCUAGCACAGCAUAAUCCUUUGAGAUUUGCUGUCUUUAAUAAACCUGAAAAGAACCCCCAUCUCCAUUCUUUAAAAUCUGCCAGUAGGAAUAGAACUAUUUAAAAUCAGAUAUUUGAGUAAAAAAUGUCAAUGUCACUGCAGUGUGCUUUCCUGCCUUCCUCCCCAAUUAAAUUUCCCCCGUGUGAAGCAAACACUGAUUGUUUUAAUAGCAGAAAUUGACAGCCAGUAUCAAAUAACUGAUAUUUUUCUGGUUAGAAGCCUAGACUUUAAAAAUAAGACUAAAUAUCCCACUGCACUUGAUUAAAGCCCUCUUUCUGCUGCUUGACUUCUGCAGUCUAUUUCUCAAAACUAACCUAGACUCUACUGCAGCACCUCCUGGGACUUGUAUAAGUUCUUGGCAUCUAUUUUUACAUGGGAUUUUACUGCCACCAAGCGAGGAAGAAUUAUUCAGUACAUUUAAUCAUAAACAUGCCUAAGAACUCAGUGUUGUGUGCACUAAAAACUUGCUGUCAGUUGUUUUACAGUUUUUAAUGUUCUGUUCCUCUUAAUAAAUUUUUUUUAAAUGA